CUUCUUCUUCUUCUUCUUCUUACCCUCAGCUCUUCCUUAUAGUCCAUACAAUCGUUAGAACUUUGCCUGAAGUUGAGAUCCAGGAGAUAGGUGUUGGCAUGGCCAAGCCACUGGCGUUGCUCCUCUGCAUCCUCUUCCUACUCGCAUUGGUCUCCGGCGAGAUCGCGGUUGACGAAGAGCUGAAGAAUGGUGCCCACAAGGGCCAGAACGACAAGGGUAGCAAUGAUGGCAAGGGAAAUCUGAAGCCCUCUCAGUGCGCGGGGGAGUGCAGUCGGAGGUGCUCGCGGACGCAUCACAAGAAGCCGUGCCUCUUCUUCUGCAACAAGUGCUGCGCCAAGUGCCUCUGCGUGCCGCCCGGCUACUACGGCAACAAGGAGACCUGCCCCUGCUACAACAACUGGAAGACCAAGAAAGGUGGGCCCAAGUGCCCUUGA